AUGAGAGUGAAGAGGAGCCCAAGCUGAAGUAUGAACGACUUUCUAAUGGAGUGACAGAAAUUCUGCAGAAAGAUGCAGCCAGUUGCAUGACAGUGCAUGAAAAGUUUUUGGCACUGGGAACGCAUUAUGGCAAAGUUUAUUUACUUGAUGUCCAAGGGAACAUCACACAGAAGUUUGAUGUUAGCCCCGUGAAGAUAAAUCAGAUCAGCCUGGAUGAAAGUGGAGAACACAUGGGUGUUUGUUCAGAAGAUGGGAAGGUGCAAGUGUUUGGAUUGUAUUCAGCGGAAGAAUUUCAUGAAACAUCUGACUGUCCUAUUAAAAUUGUUGCUGUUCAUCCUCAUUUUGUAAGAUCCCACUUCAAGCAGUUUGUAACAGGAGGAAAAAAGUUACUGCUGUAUGAGAGAGGCUGGAUGAAUAGAUGGAAGCCUUCCGUUUUACAUGAAGGGGAAGGAAACAUAAGGAAUGUAAAAUGGAGAGGACACUUAAUUGCUUGGGCCAAUAACAUGGGCGUGAAGAUACUUGACAUGAUCUCCAAGCAAAGAAUUACCAAUGUGCCUCGAGAUGACAUAAGCCUUCGCCCAGACAUGUAUCCCUGUAGCCUUUGCUGGAAGGAUAAUUUAACACUGAUUAUUGGCUGGGGAAAUUCAGUAAAGGUGCAAUUACCUGUCUUUGUAAUAAAUGCUUGCUUUUUCCAGUUUGAUACAGAGUUCUAUAUCAGUGGGCUUGCACCUCUCUGUGACCAACUUGUUAUACUUUCAUACGUAAAGGAGAUUUCUGAAAAGACGGAGGUGGAGUGUUGCGCCAGGCCCAGACUGGACCUCGUCCAACCUCUGCCGGAGUCUUGCGAGGAGAUCUCUUCUGAUGCACUGACAGUACGAGGAUUUCAGGAGAAUGAAUGUAGAGAUUACCAUCUAGAGUAUUCGGAAGGUGAAUCGCUGUUUUAUAUCAUCAGCCCAAGAGACGUGGUUGUAGCAAAAGAACGGGACCAAGAUGACCACAUUGACUGGCUUCUUGAGAAGAAGAAAUAUGAAGAGGCUUUGAUGGCAGCUGAGAUCAGUCAGAAAACCAUAAAAAAGCACAAGAUUUUGGACAUAGGCUUAGCCUAUAUAAAUCACCUAGUGGAGAAAGGAGAGCAUGACUUGGCUGCUCGAAAGUGCCAGAAAAUUCUUGGCAAAAACACAGAACUCUGGGAAUUUGAAGUUUACAAGUUUAAAGAAAUAGGCCAACUUAAGGUAAGUUUAUUUGUAUCUCUCAGCUGAGGUAAUUGGCAUGCU